AUGCCUUUGAAUCGAGCUACACUAUGCCUUUCCGUCCAGUCCGCUCGCACGCCGUCGCUCCAAGUUUCGCUCCCGCUGCCUGUUCAAGUCGCUCGGCCGCUGCCUGUUCAUCAAGUCGCUCGGCCGCCGCCUAUCCAAGUCGCUCACCCGCCGACGCAUCUGAUCACCCAUGCGCCACCCGCCCAAGUCGUGAAGCAAUGUAUCGCCGUCCGGCGAGCAAGGUAUCGGGGUUCUCGGUUGGGUAGUACUUCGACUUCUAGCUCGGGUAGUACCUCGACUGCUGUGGUCUCACAGCAUUUUGUAGAUCUCUUGUAUCUUGUACAUCCUUGGAAAUUCACAGACGACCGAUUUUACGACCUGUAUACUACCUCGCUUGCUCAUUAA